UCAGUUCCAUGGCGAAGCGUGUGGCAGCGAAGCCUGGCGUUGCCACACCCGACGAGGCCUUAAGUGAGUCCGAGUCGACAUGUUACGUGUCUCUAAGCGAUCACAUCAAGCGCACACGCACCACAAGCCAAGACGAAGGUUUACUGCUGUCCAGUCUGCUGCCAGAGCAAUACUCUGGGUCUAUCUGGAGUCUAGAGUCUUUGGCAAUCCCCAUUACGUACAUCAGCACGGGCUUAAUGUACUCUUUUCCUCAAGCCACUAUCGAGUUUUUUCCGAGAUCCUUAGGCGCCACCGACGCUCAGCUCAGCACGGUAACGGUGGUGCGUGCACUUCCAUGGACGUUCAAAGUGCUCUUUGGUCUGUUACCGGAUGUGUUCCCGAUCCACGGCCAGCGAUUCACGCCGUAUUUGUUCCUUGGGUGUGUGACAGCGUCGCUAUUCCACUUACUACUGUCGAUUUACAGCGCCUCGGACUCUUUAACAGUUGCGUCCUUCGCAUUGCUGCUUUUCGGGGCUACAGUUGGUGUGGUUAUGGCAGACGUUAUGGCAGAUGCACUGGUAGCUCAUCGAGUGUUGCUCUUGCAACAGAAGUCACCGAGAAAGAAGUCGAAGGAGUCGAAACUACAGCAAGAAGAAUCCAUGGUAGCGAUGCAAUCCGAUGGAGCCCAUUUGCAGACUACGGUGUAUCUUUGUCGCUUUGCUAGCGAAAUGGUGGGCUACUGGCUGGGUGCAGCAUUGAGUAACAAAGCACAAUGGGGUUAUGGGGCUUCAAUGGGUCAACAGUUCGUUUUCCUUGCGAUCGUACCGAUGGUUUCGGUGCUUCCCGCGUUAAAGUAUCUCUACGAACCGGAGGAGAUUGGACCAAUGCCACUGCGGGAUCAAGCUGCCGGGAUCUGGCACAUGCUACAGCGACGUGCCACGUGGCAACCGGUGUGCUUCUUGGUGCUGGCGAACGCCUUCUUUGUGCAGAACGCUGCGUGGGGGAAUUACCUGAAAGUGGCGUACAAUUUCGACGCCUUCCAGUACGGAGCGCUGAGUGGCAUCGGAGCUUGCGUCACGUUCGCUUCAAUUGUUGUGUAUAGGACGUAUAUUAUGCCGCACUUUGAAGCUCCUUGGCACGACGUGUACUUCGUAACUGGCCUUGUAGUUGCGUUCUUUUCGCUGUUGAACGUUCUGCUUGUGUUGCAUGUGAACGAAGCCUUUGGCAUUCCUCCCUUUUGGUUUGCGAUGGGAGACGCUGCUGGCGAAUCCUUUGCACGAGGCUUCCAGUAUCUUCCCGUUGCUCAGAUGUUCGUGGCUGUGUGUCCAGAGCAUCAAGAAGGCGUCGCAUUUGCACUGCUUACAAGUGUCACGAAUCUGGCACAAGCUUUUUCCAGUACGAUUUCCAAUAUGCUGCUGCAUAUUUGGCCGGUAGAGCUGACAGAUCUGCAGAAAGUGCCUCAUGACUUUAGCGGCGUCUGGAAACUUUCGAUACUAACGAGCAUCAUCCCGUUGAUUCCAGUUGUGCUCGCGACGACUCGGUUGUUGCCAAAGGGACCUCGCCAAUUGGAAGAAAUGAAGCACCAACUCUCGCCAACUGGGGCUAGAGUUGUCAUCGGUGUGUAUGGUUGCGGAUUCAUUUGGGUAAUGGUGUUAAGUUUGUUAGCAAUAUUUGCGCCAUGUCAUGAGAUUGUCGGUGGCCAUGGCUGCAGCUGAUUCAAUAGACGUAACCUGACGGCGUCCAACACUCUGCUCGUGCACGUUUCACUCUUGUUUGAUGAUUUUCUCUGCGUUGA